AUGUCGUCUCUGCUCACUCCUAGAUCUCAUCUUUCCAUUUUUCUUCUCCUCCUUGUUUUCAUUCUUCCUCACACAGCAACAACAGCUCAGGAAUCUUCCCUUGUUGAGAUUCUCCGCAACCAUGGCCUCCCAGCAGGGCUCUUCCCUCAGAGUGUGAAAUCAUUCGAAUUAGACCAAAUGGGUCGUUUAGAAGUACACUUAGAUCGUCCUUGUUUGGCUCAGUAUGAAACAACAGUGUUCUUCGAUAGUGUUGUUAAAGCCAACCUUAGUUUCGGACAGCUUAAGGUUUUGGAGGGUAUGUCUCGUGAGGAGCUUUUCCUAUGGCUACCAGUUAAAGAUAUCAUUGUCACCGAUCAAACUUCUGGACUAAUUCUCAUUGAUAUUGGUUUUGCCUAUAAACGACUCUCUUUCUCUCGUUUUGAUGAACCCCCAAUUUGUAGAUCUCAUCAAGGUCUGUUUUUUCGUAUGGUUGGAAGGAAGGGUUUUGGAUUUGGAGAUAAGAGAUGA